AUGCAAACACACAUGCGAACUCAUACUGGUGAGAAGCCAUUCAGAUGCGGUCAAUGCAAUUCGAGCUUCGGCCGGAAAGGAAGCAUGCAAAGACACAUGCGAACUCAUACUGGUGAGAAGCCGUUCAAAUGCGAUCACUGCAACUCAAGCUUCAGCGAUAAAUCAAAACUGCUAACACACAUUCGAACUCAUACUGGUGAGAAGCCGUUCAAAUGCGAUCAUUGCAAUUCAAGCUUUGGCGAUAAAUCAAACUUGCGAAGACACGUGCGAACUCAUACU